CAAUGAAUAAUGGCUCUCAGCUGGUCACACGGAUGGGAGCCGUGGGUUAUGGGGUCUGCUGGCAGAAGUCCCGAUCAGAAACCAAACAAAUGUCAGCCGGAAUGGAAGCCAACUUGGAAUCAGAUCGAAAUAAUGAAUAUAUUGGAUAUAAACCUAAAACGAGGAGUGUUCAAGUGGUGGGAAGCAUAUUACAAGUACAGUCGACAGUUUCGAGGGAAAAGCAAAACAUUUGUACCCAGAAUACCUACAGUUUUGUGGGUUUUUUCCAUUGCCCGUUGGUCGGCUGUUGUUUGUCAACAACAACAUGGGUUUUGUAAUCUAAUGAGAGGGAAGAUCGAGGUUUUGCGGGGGAGAACGAGAGAGGAAGGCCACGUGCGUGGAGAGAGAGAAAGCAAGAAGGUGGCGAGAGGCAAAGAGAGUGGAAGGUCGAGAGCGAAUCGGUUGGGAUUUCGAUAGGAAAUAUAUUACAGAUGCCGGGCAAUGUUAUCGAAAUUGGCUCCCCAUGGGGCUAUAUAAACCCACUUCGAUUUGUCAGUUUCAGUUCUAAGCCACAAUUCAAUACACAGCCCUUAAAAUCUUAAAAAAAACAAUUAUGGGUUCUUCAUCCCAAUUUUUGAAAGAUUUCACUUCACUUCUUGAAUCCUAUGGUGGAAGAGACACCUUGUUGGAGGCGCUUUGUUACGGAGCCAAACUGGUGGCAGGCUUCCAGGCCAACCGGAAUCCUGAGCUGGCUCGGAGAUGCGACACCGCCAGCUCCAAGAUCUCGGGAGCCAUAGCCACCCUCCGCUUGAUCGACGAUCUCCCCCAGAUCCAGUAUACCCUGGACUAUGGCCUGGGCAGAGACGAACCUGAUCGAAUCACGGCCGUUCUGGGAGUGAUGUCCAACGCCGUGGACCUUCUGUUCUACCCCAUCGAGACAGUCUGCUGGCUGGCGGAGCACAAGAUCGUGGAUGUGAAGAGCAGGAGCGCCUGGGCCUACCUCAACUCCAUUUUCAGCGUCCUCUCCGCCUACCUUAGCUUCGUGAGGACCAUGCGAAGACUCUCCCUAAGCCGGGAAAAACUAAACCGGAAGGAUGUUGUUUCCAUUACCCGCCUCGUCCUCGAUUGCAUCCACGCCGUGAACACCUUGCCCCGAGGGAACCUGUGGGGCGGAAGGCUAUCCACCCUCCAGGUGGGAGCUAUUGGAACCCUUUCCGCUGGCCUGGGUAUCUACCAGAUUGUAUCCAGCAGGAAAUCAAGAGUAUAAUAGUAUUUACUUUGUAUAAUUGUAUUUCAAGUUACAAGAUCGAAUUUAUAGGAUCUCCAGGCCAAAGUAACCUAAGUUAGUUAUUAAAAUUAUAAAUAUGUUUACGUGAAAAAUAUGUUAUAAUAUUUUUUAAUAAAAAGAAAAAGAAAAUAAACCAAAGUUGGAUAUUUUAUCUCAUAA